GAACUUUUGUGUAAUGUGUAGAUCUCAGCCUCCCAGAACUCCUUCGUAAUGGCGGCCAGAGCUGGAGUAAAAAACCCUUUGGGUACGGAGGCUCGUCGGUCGAGCAAGCAGCCUGAUUCAAGGAGUGAUCCGUCACCCUCAAUCAAGCCUGUUAGUGCAUUCUAUGUCUUUCUCGCGGCCAAUUUCAUCGCCGCUGCAUUUGCGCCAAUCCAAGACUGUGAUGAAGUAUUCAACUACUGGGAACCGACACAUUAUCUAAACCAUGGAUACGGACUUCAGACAUGGGAAUAUUCACCAGAUUAUGCCAUCCGAAGCUGGGCUUACACCAUUUCACAUGCAUCCGUCAUUUGGAUUGGGAGUCUUUUGCCCUUUAUCAACUCUAAACGCGCGGAAUUCUAUCUUCUCAGGGCAAUAUUAGCUUGCGUAUGUGCUGCGUGUGAAACGCGGCUGUAUUCAGCAAUUGCUCGUAAUCUCAACCCUAAAGUUGCGGUGUUCUUUCUGAUGGUCAUGAUCUUCAGCCCAGGAAUGUACCAUGCAUCACCUGCCUACCUGCCAUCAAGCUUCGCCAUGUACACUACCAUGUUGGGCUUUUCCGCCUUCAUGGACUGGCAAGGGGGUAUUAAAACGGCUCAAGGGAUCUUUUGGUUUGCUGUUGGAAGUCUGCUUGGCUGGCCCUUCGCAGGUGCCCUUAUACUUCCUUUUCUAUUUGAAGAGGUUCUUCUCGCAGCAUUUAGCGGCAAGAUACUUGACGGUUUCAUGCGUUUGCUUGACGGAACUGUUAGAUCUGUAAUUGUUUUGGCUAUCCAAACAGCCAUUGACACAUUCUUUUACAAGAAGCUGGUAUGCGUUCCAUUCAACAUUGUCCUCUACAAUGUCUUCAGCGGCGGCAGCAAAGGACCAAAUAUCUACGGCGUAGAACCCUGGCAUUUCUAUGUCCGGAAUCUUAUCCUCAACUUCAACAUCUGGUUCUUGCUUGCACUGGGUGCGCUACCGCUGUUGCUCUUCCAGCACCUCAUCCGACAACGGUCAGUGUCGAUGCAAACCCUACUACGGGGGACUGUCUUCGUAUCUCCAUUCUACCUCUGGCUCGCAAUCUUUACGCUACAGCCCCACAAGGAAGAGAGAUUCAUGUACCCAGCCUAUCCAGCUCUAGCCCUCAACGCAGCCAUGUCACUGCACAUUCUACUUGCCAAUUUUGGAUCCAACGACCCACGAGACCUCGUUAGCAAGAUACCAGCUCAGCUCAAACUUGCCAUCGUGAGCAUUUUCGUACUCGGUAGUAUCGAUCUAGGUGUCCUGCGGACGAUGGGAAUGAUGACCGCAUACUCCGCGCCCUUGAAUGUAUACGGACCCCUGCAAAAUCCAGCCAUCGCUCGACCUGGCGACAACGUAUGCUUGGGCAAAGAAUGGUACCGCUUUCCUUCUACAUACUUUCUCCCAGAUGGCAUACGGGCCAAGUUCAUCAAGAGUGAAUUCUCAGGCUUGCUCCCGGGCGAGUUCAGCGAAGCCACAGAUGUGCAUGGCCUCUUCCCUGGUGCAUGGCUACCUCCAUCUGGCAUGAACGACGAGAACCGAGAGGACCCAGGGAAAUAUGUAAACAUCGAACAAUGUCAGUUCCUCGUAGACUCGCAACUCCCGGGAGUCCCGUCCACUGCGCUCGAACCAGACUACAUUUCCGACACAGAAAAAUGGGAAAAACUAUCCUGUACGGACUUCCUGGAUACGACGCGGACGUCGACACUAGGCCGUUUGAUAUGGGUCCCGGAUUGGCCAUUCGUUCCAGAGAGAUUCCGUCGUAAAUGGGGGCGGUACUGUCUUUUGCGUCGAAAAUCCGUGAAACAGACAUCACAUCUUUGGAAAUCCACCAGAAAGAUAUGGUACCCGCUCGACUUCAAACGGCCAGCCGCCCCGCCGUACCCAGACUGGUCGGUAACGGACACAAAACCCCUCCCUUACCGGCCGUUUCGCUACGGUCCCAAGUAUAACGUGACGAUGGGUCUGCGCACCAUGCACUGGGACGAGUGGAUCGAGCUCGACAAUAGGUUCUUGGAGUACCACGAGCUGAAGGCUAAGCGCAUCGAGGAGCGCGGCAAGAAGUGCAGUUACACGUCGCCGGAAGCGUUCGAUGGUGCGUGCGAGCUGCUCGAGGAGUUGUGCGAUUACCUGCCACAGAGGUAUCCGAGCUUGUAUAGGAAGACGGAGGUUGGGAUGGAUAAUUUGGUGACGGGCGAGACGUUUGAUAUCGUUGAGAGGCCGCUGAAGGAGGAUCCCAUGCAGAUGGCUGCGAGAUUCACGCAGGACGACUUGGCGAUCAUGUUCGAGAAGGAGGACGGCCAGUAUUAUUUGCUCGCUGGGUCAAUCCUGCUCGCGGGAUUCUGGAGACUGGAGGAUAAGCUUGGUAUGCCUUUGUCUGAAAUACAUACCAGCGGCAAUGUUCCCCAGUACAAGGAGAAGCUAGAGAAGGGGAUGAUGAACUUCUUCAGGCGGGUGCAGCCUGGUCACCCGGUAGUGAGAAACAACUACUUCAUUCAGGUGGAUGACCAGCUGCCGUGGAGUCCUAGCAUUGGGAGCGAGGAUAGUGAGGGUAUUGGUUGGUUCACUGCGGAGAAGAACAAGGCGAUUCAACACCACUAUUUCCGAAGUGAGAGGCAGAGCUUGAGAAGGCUUCCACGAUCUGGUGGUGUUGUCUUCACGAUUAGAACUUAUUUCCAUCCGAUUACAGAUAUUUGCAAAGAGCAGUAUGUGCCUGGCCGCUUGGCAAGCGCUGUUCGGAGCUGGGGCGACGAUGUCAGUAGGUACAAGGGUAAAGACAGAUAUCAUGAGGUUCUUCUCGAAUAUCUAGACAAGGCCCACGAGAGACAACUCGCGAACGGGCUAGACAUGAGCAAGGAAGAGGAGGUCAGAUAUUAUCCUUUUUGA